CCAGCCCGGGAGCCGCAGAGUCAGCCGAGGCGGCGACACCCGGCAACGCCGCCCGCAGCCGGCCACCCAUCGCCCGCCGUGGCGGAGGCCAGCGCGGCCGGGGCGCAGCCAGGGCUCUCCCGGGGCGCAGGAAGGCGAGGAGAGAUAGCCUCUGAGAGCCAAGCAGAGAACAUUACAGAAGAAAGGAGGAAUGAGGCUGGAUCUUGUGCAGUGAAAACAAGCAUUCCAAGGAGAGAGGCAGUCACUACACAGAGAGAGCCUCCCAGAGCGAGCCGUUCAGCAUGAGAACUUACUGCUACUUCUUGCUGCUCUUUUGGGUUGGACAGCCCUACCCAACUUUCUCAACUCCAUUAUCUAAGAGGACUAGUGGUUUUCCAGCAAAGAAAAGGGCCCUGGAGCUCUCCGCAAACAGCAAAAGUGAGCUGAACCGUUCAAAAAGAAGCUGGAUGUGGAAUCAGUUCUUUCUCCUAGAGGAAUAUACUGGGUCGGAUUAUCAGUACGUGGGCAAGUUACAUUCAGAUCAGGAUAGAGGCGAUGGAUCACUUAAGUAUAUCCUUUCAGGAGAUGGAGCAGGAGAUCUCUUCAUCAUCAAUGAAAACACGGGAGAUAUUCAGGCCACCAGGCGGCUGGACAGGGAGCAGAAGCCGGUAUACAUCCUUAGGGCUCAGGCUAUUAACAGAAGGACAGGAAGACCUGUGGAGCCUGAGUCUGAGUUCAUCAUCAAGAUCCAUGAUAUCAACGACAAUGAGCCAAUAUUCACCAAGGACGUUUACACGGCCACUGUCCCGGAAAUGUCCGAUGUUGGCACAUUUGUUGUGCAAGUCACUGCAACAGACGCGGAUGAUCCAACUUACGGCAACAGUGCUAAAGUUGUCUACAGCAUCCUCCAGGGACAGCCAUACUUCUCAGUUGAAUCAGAAACAGGUAUCAUCAAGACAGCUUUGCUCAACAUGGAUCGAGAAAACAGAGAGCAGUACCAAGUGGUGAUCCAAGCUAAGGACAUGGGCGGCCAGAUGGGCGGCCUGUCAGGAACCACCACGGUGAACAUCACGCUGACCGACGUCAACGACAACCCGCCUCGAUUUCCCCAGAGUUCAUACCAAUUUAAAACUCCUGAGUCUUCUCCACCGGGAACACCAAUUGGCAGGAUCAAAGCCAGUGAUGCUGAUGUAGGAGAAAAUGCAGAAAUUGAAUACAGCAUCACAGAUGGUGAGGGCCUGGAUAUGUUUGAUGUCAUCACAGACCAGGAAACCCAGGAAGGGAUUAUAACCAUCAAAAAGCUCUUGGACUUUGAGAAGAAGAAAGUGUAUACCCUGAAGGUGGAAGCCUCCAAUCCCCACGUGGAGCCGCGGUUUCUCUACCUGGGUCCAUUCAAAGAUUCAGCCACGGUGAGAAUCGUGGUGGAGGAUGUGGACGAGCCUCCUGUCUUCAGCAAACUGGCCUAUGUCCUACAGAUAAGAGAAGAUGCUCAGAUAAACACCACAAUAGGCUCGGUCUCAGCUCAAGAUCCAGACGCUGCCAGGAAUCCUGUCAAGUAUUCAGUAGAUCGACACACAGAUAUGGACAGAAUCUUCAACAUUGAUUCUGGAAAUGGCUCCAUUUUCACUUCAAAACUUCUAGAUCGAGAAACAUUGCUGUGGCACAACAUCACCGUGAUAGCAACAGAGAUCAAUAAUCCAAAACAAAGCAGCCGAGUACCUCUAUAUAUUAAAGUUCUAGAUGUCAACGACAAUGCCCCAGAAUUUGCUGAGUUCUAUGAAACUUUUGUCUGUGAAAAAGCAAAGGCAGAUCAGUUGAUUCAGACCCUCCGAGCGGUUGAUAAGGAUGCCCCUCACAGUGGACACCAGUUCUCCUUCUCUUUGGCCCCCGAAGCAGCCAUUGGCUCCAACUUUACCAUUCAAGACAACAAAGACAACACCGCGGGAAUCUUAACUCGGAGAAAUGGCUAUAAUAGACAUGAGAUGAGCACCUACCUCCUGCCUGUAGUCAUUUCAGACAACGACUACCCAGUGCAAAGCAGCACUGGGACAGUGACUGUCCGGGUCUGUGCAUGUGACCACCAUGGCAACAUGCAGUCCUGCCACGCGGAGGCCCUCAUCCAUCCCACGGGGCUGAGCACAGGGGCUCUGGUGGCCAUCCUUCUGUGCAUCGUGAUCCUACUAGUGACCGCGGUGCUGUUCGCGGCCCUGCGGCGGCAGCGGAAGAAGGAGCCUCUGAUCAUCUCCAAGGAGGACAUCAGGGACAACAUCGUGAGCUACAACGACGAGGGCGGCGGCGAGGAGGACACGCAGGCCUUCGACAUCGGCACCCUGCGGAACCCCGAAGCCAUAGAGGACAACAAAUUGCGCCGAGACAUUGUGCCCGAAGCGCUUUUCCUCCCCCGGCGGACUCCCACAGCCCGUGACAACACCGACGUCAGAGACUUCAUCAACCAAAGGCUAAAGGAGAACGACACGGACCCCACCGCCCCGCCCUACGACUCGCUCGCCACCUACGCCUACGAGGGCGCGGGCUCGGUGGCCGACUCGCUGAGCUCGCUGGAGUCGGCCACCACCGACGGGGACCAAGACUACGACUACCUGAGUGACUGGGGCCCGCGCUUCAAGAAGCUGGCCGACAUGUACGGAGGGGUGGACAGCGACAAGGACUCCUAAUCGGUUGCCUUUUCCUUCUUCUUCUUUCCUUCUUUUUCUUUUUCUUUUUUUUUUCCAAUAGGACACUGACACGCGUGAAGUGACUUCCUUUCUAUUUAUCCACGACGCCCUGCCCCACCCGCUCCCACAGCCAGUGGCUGCAGUCCCUGUGGAUCCAACGGUAGAGACGCUUUUCUAGUACACUUUUAUGAGCUCCCAAGAGGCCCUUUUUUUUUUUUUUUUAAUUUUUUAGUGCAUCCCGUUCACCGAGUCGGCCCCACUGGCCCGGGCGGAGGAGGGGGAGGAGGCCCGGGGCUGCCUCUUGACCUUGUCCUCUCAGAGCGGGUUUGGAACUCGCUCCCCACCCACUCCCACGUCGAGCAGUUCUGCUAAGAUUCCUCGGCCUCCGGUCAGCUGACUGUUCUAACUGUACAUUUCACAUGCUAAUGGGUUAAGGAAUCGUGCUUUAAUGGUCAAAUAUAUAUCUAUAUCUAUAGUUUUAGUUUAAAAGAAUAAUAGAAAAAGGAAGGAAGGAAGGAAUGACAGGGAAGUGGUCCCUGGUCUAUCGGCUCACAAGGAGAUCAUAAAUGCAUAAGGUUAUGGAUGAGUGUGUAUUUCUGUCACAAGGAAUCUAAAAUGAUAUCCAGCCUAUUCUGUUUUGGGUUUAAGAACUUUUUUGGCACUGGUUCUAUUCAAAGUAUCGAAUCCACUAAUUUUUUUUUUUAACAUUUUCAUUCCUCUUAAGGAAAAUGAGCUACUUAGAUGAGAACAUUCAAAGACAAUACUAAC